UUAUAAAUAAAUUACAUCCAUAUUCGAGUCCUCACCCUUCAACUCCUUACUGAAAAAAAAAAAUCUAGUAGUACCUACCAAGUCAAAAAACCAAUAAAUGUUACAUAAAUCCCAGAUUUCUGUGUAGAAAACCUGUGCUUAAUAGCAUGAGUGUCCAAGGAACAAUCCCUGGUUAUCAAGGAUAUUGUUGUUGUUUAUGUUUCUUAAUUAAACUACAAUUAUAUAAAUUUUCGAGUUGCGUGAAUUCUGUACAUGUUGUCUUUCUGUCCUUUUGAUUUCCUUUGUUGAGCUAGAAACCCAACCUUAUUUCAUGGAGGUUCAAAGCACGAGAUUUUGGUGAGUGCUUCUGUAACCUAUUUUGUCCCCUUAGAUAGGUUCUUGCUUGAUCUUUUCGUUUGCGUAUAAAGAAGUUUUGUUCUCAACGGAGGUUAUGGCCUAUGGGUUUGAUUGUUAGAUGGGCAUGGAGCCUCUGAGGUUGGGAGUUGUUUUUAAUAGAAAUCACAUCUUCCACACUGCGUUGCUUAGUCCAUGUGCUUGCUUAAGGACUUCUCAAACUGACAUCACUGUUGAAGUUCUGGUGAGAUAAAAGAGAGUUUUUGAUUCGAUUGGAAGCUUUGGAUGCAAAUUGAAGACAUGGAUGGUGGGUUUCAUUCUGCUUGGAAGCAUGGUUCUUUGCUGGAUUAUUUGGAGGAAGAACAACCGGUGGCACCGCUUCCAGCAAUCCAGCAACCAGAAACCCCAAAAGAACCUAUGGAGUUCUUAUCUAGAUCUUGGAGUCUUUCUGCUUCAGAAAUUUCAAAAGCUUUGGCUCAGAAACAGAGACAAUCUUUCACUGACAAGCAACCCAAUUUGUUCCCAGCUGAUACAGUAACUGCACCGCAGUUGUCAAGGAAGAUUUUAAAUUCGAUAAAUUCAAGAAAGACAGGAUCAAUAGUAAAGUGGUUCCACCACAAGGAGCUUAGCAGUAGCACAGUGAAGAAGAAAGACAAGACACGCAUGGAAAAUGCACAUAUGCAUUCUGCUGUAUCUGUUGCUGGACUGGCUGCAGCCUUAGCUGCUGUGGCUGCUGCGGGAAACUCUAGCAGUUCUGGUUCAAAAAUGAGCAUGGCUUUGGCCUCAGCUACAGAACUCCUGGCAUCCCAUUGUAUAGAAUUAGCAGAAUCAGCUGGAGCUGAUCAUGAUCGUGUGGCUUCUGUUGUGAGAUCAGCAGUCGAUAUUCAGAGUCCAAGCGAUCUAAUGACCCUUACUGCAGCAGCUGCAACAGCUUUGAGGGGAGAAGCAGCAAUAAAAGCAAGAUUGCCAAAAGAAGCAAGAAAAAAUGCAGCUAUUAGUCCUUAUGACAGAGGAAUAGUAGAAACUCAAUGGGGUUCUGCCACCAUUGGUAAAGUGGAAGAACAGGCUCCCUGCGUUGGAGAAGUACUGCAACAUACAAAAAAAGGAGUGCUUCGAUGGAAACACAUUUCAGUUUACAUCAACAAGAAAUCACAGGUCAUAAUCAAGAUUAAAAGCAAGCACGUUGGAGGAGCCUUCUCCAAGAAAAACAAAUGUGUUGUUUACGGGGUCUGCGAUGAGACAACAGCAUGGCCAUAUAGAAGAGAAAGGGGAAGCUCUGAAGAAGUAUAUUUUGGGCUUAAAACUGCACAGGGUCUUCUAGAGUUCAAGUGCAAAACCAAGAUCCAUAAGCAGAGAUGGGUUGAUGGGAUUCAAAAUCUUCUUCGUCGAGUCAACUGUGUUGAAGCAACUGAAUGCUCCAUGGAAUUUCUAAGCCUGAGCAAUGGCGUAUAGUACACUGAGUGUCUCAUUUUUGUUUGUGCUCCAAAAGAAACGGUAGAAACACAUGAAAGUUCACUAAUGAUCAUCUACACAGUAUGUGAACAUGGUAUACAUGUAAUAAAAUUUCUUCUCCUUUAUACAUAUACAUAAUACAAGAAAACUAAAUACA